AUGGAAAGUGCAGAGGAUGACGAUGCAGAAUGGAGAGCUCCGUGUUCAAUAAGCCUGGUUCCUUCAUUGGAAUUAAGUAACAUCACGUCCUCAACUCCUCACAAAGUCAUUGUGCACUUCGACAUGGAUUGUUUCUAUGCUCAGGUAGAAAUGUUGAGAAACCCAGCACUGAGACAUGUGCCUUUAGGCAUACAACAGAAAUACAUUGUAGUCACGUGUAAUUAUCUGGCUCGAGAGCAAGGUCUCACAAAACUGAUGUCUGUGACUGAGGCCAAAGAAAAAUGUCCUGAGCUUGUUUUGGUGAAAGGAGAAGACCUAACACACUACAGGGAAUUGUCCCACAAAGUAACAGAACUGCUUGUUUCAUACUGUCCAUUAGUGGAGAGACUUGGCUUUGAUGAGAACUUCAUGGACAUCACUGAAAUGGUGGAAAGACGUCUUCAACAAUAUGAAACUUGUACAUUUAAUGGUCAUGUCUACAGUAAUAACUAUUCAGAAGACAAGGCUAAGAUGUACCCAUGGCUGGCUGUUGGAACCUUUAAACCAAACCAGCAAACCACUUUGCUGCCAGAAGACAUCAGCAGCAUCAUGGGAAGCUUGAGUAGUGUCCGUAAGGUUCAAGGUAUUGGGCAUCAAACAGCGAAGAGACUUCAGGGUCUAGGUGUGUCCAGCAUUAAGGACUUGCAGAUUUUCCCUUUGGACAAUUUGGCAAGAGAAUUUGGCGAAAGUAGUGCAAGGCGACUGAAAAACAUUGCCAUUGGCAGUGAUGACUCUGCUGUUACUCCAACUGGGGCACCACAGUCUCUUAGCGAUGAAGACUCUUUCAAAAAAAUGUCAUCACCUAAAGAGGUUCUAGAAAAAAUUCAAGAACUGCUGGCAUGUCUAGUUGAGAGAAUGCACAAUGAUGGAAGGCGGCCUCAGACUUUGCGGCUAACAAUUCGUAGAUAUUCUGCAUCAAACAAAUGGUACAGUCGAGAAAGUCGCCAAGGCCCAAUUCCAAGUCAUAUUGGUCAAAAGAUUAUCAAUGGUAACUUUGACAACGCUGUGGAUCAGCUGACGUCUUUGGCUAUGAAGCUUUUUUACAAGAUGGUGGUCUCCAAUAAGGCUUUCCAUCUUACCCUCAUAAACUCCAUCUCCAGUAAAGACCCAAAUGAUCACUUCACACAAUCAGGUUAA